AGAUAGGUUAAACCCGCCGAUGUCCAACUUUGCCCUAGCAUUCUUUAAAAACCCUAAGAACCAUUUACUUCACUCUUAGCCGUCGCCGUCGCUCAAGAGAAGGGUUUCUCCACCAAAAGCUCCAAUGGGUAUCGAUCUGGUAGCUGGAGGCAAGAGCAAGAAGACCAAAAGGACUGCCCCCAAGUCCGAUGAUAUCUACCUCAAGCUCCUCGUUAAGCUGUACCGGUUUCUUGUUCGAAGAACUGGAAGCAAUUUCAAUGCAGUGAUCCUCAAGCGCUUGUUCAUGAGCAAGGUGAACAAGCCGCCAAUUUCACUAUCCAGACUUAUCAAGUACAUGAAGGGAAAGGAAGCGAAAAUUGCUGUCGUUGUUGGAACCGUGACAGAUGACAUUCGCGUUUACGAAGUCCCAGCAUUGAAAGUUACAGCCUUGAGGUUCACUGAGACCGCAAGAGCCAGGAUUGAGAAGGCAGGUGGUGAGUGUUUGACAUUCGACCAGCUUGCCUUGAGGGCUCCUCUUGGCCAGAAUACGGUUCUUCUUCGUGGACCAAAGAACUCUCGUGAGGCCGUGAAGCACUUCGGUCCUGCUCCUGGUGUGCCUCACAGCCACACGAAACCAUACGUGAGGUCGAAGGGAAGGAAGUUCGAGAGAGCCAGAGGAAAGAGAAACAGCAGGGGAUACCGAGUUUAAUUUGUUCAACCCUUUUUGUGAGACAAAAAUUCACGUUUUGCUAGACUUGAAGAAAUAUUAUUAUGUGAGACUCUAUCAUGUCUUAGUACAAGUUUUUCUUCUUAUAUAAACCAAAAUCGGAUCCGGUGAUAGAUAUUGUUUCAA